GUUCACUCCGGUAACCUUCCAGAUGCUUGCCUGUACAAUCGACUGUUGAAAACAUCUCAGGCUGCUCCUGCGGGCGACCAUACCCCAUACGGCUGGACUUUCUGGUGGUCUGUUCUUGGAGCCCAUUUGACAGACGUAUUGCAGUUAGUGACUCUUAGAUAACCCUAGCCUGUGGUUGUUAGAAGGUUUUUCAGAUUUUUUUUCGUGACGCAUGGAAAAGAAGGACCAAACUUGGAUCAAAGUGUAAGUUUCUGGUAGGGUCUGUGGACGUGAGUCUGUGAUUCCUUGUUGGUAUCGUAGUGGUGGUGGUGGAGCUGGAGGAUGUCGAGAUACAUGCCUGAGCUGUAUGGGUCCUUGCCUCCGGAACCCGUGUGGGUCAUCAACAACCGAAGGCGGCAUCUUGGGUACUCGGUUGAUCCUUACUACGCCCCAGGACCGUACGCGGAAGCUCAAAAUUUCGGUCCUUACUCUCGAGGACCGCUUGUUUCAGACGUGCAACUGAAGACUCCCAUUUACCACAUGGAGGAUGUUGCCAGAAUCAAGGAUGCCCUCGCCAUCGAAGGCGUCUAUAAUGUGAUAUGCGACAUCCCCGAUCAACUGGUGGUAGUGUCCACAAGACUGAGCCCACACACGAUCGCUAGCCUAGUGCGGCAAGUAAUGGGAGAGGCCACCCUCAUCAACAUCGUCGUCGACCCUUACACUUCAUCGGCGGCGCUUCGGCCUCCCAUUGACAGAACCCGAUACUCAUCCUACGACGACAUGUACACAUACCCCAUGUCGUCAACCGGCUUUGCCCCAUCCUACGACCCAUACAACGGUCGAUCAUACGACAACGAGUUCCGACCAUCUCGUUAUUACCCCAGCUACAGCUACUACUGAACUCGAUGAAAACAGCACUUCAAAAGAGCUUCUGCAACUUUGUUUGGACUCGUGAACGUCCAGGUUGAUGGUAAGAAACGCAAUCUCCGUAGAUAAAUUCCACCUUCAGGUCAGGUCAGCCGAGCACGGUCUGGCUUGCGGUAACCGAAUUUGUUCCGACUAGAAAUGCACAUCAGAGUAGGCAAAACCAGCCCAUGUGGGCUCUACACACAGAAACACACCAACAGGUUUUUUAAGAUUUUGGUCUGAUAGUAAUUGAAGCGCAGAUCUCCACGUUGUGUGUAAGACUUUUUAUUUAAUACGCAAGAACGUUGUGAAGAGGUCGAGCAUA